UCUGUACUUCCCUUAAAGACAGAAUCAGAUAUUUGAACACCUGUAAUAGAAAACUGUCGAACAACAAAGUCUACUUUGUUUAACCCCAAUUUCUGCGAAAAGGUAUUUAAAUUAAAAUUUGCUGAAGAGGUUUAAACAGCUCUUAUUGCUAAAAUGUUUAGAUUCACUUAAAGCUGGAGUUCCCAAGCUCAGUCUAGACUGUGUUAUUGUUUCCCGGAGCCGCGACCUGCAGAUCAAUGCCAGCUGUCGGCUCUUGCAGAGAAAGUGUUGGUUGCUCCGUGCCUCAGAUCUGUGCGCUAGAGACUGGCCACGUGUGUUUUGGGACGGUGGAUUUGAGGAUUAUUCUCUGGAUUUAAGGCGCGUUGUCCUGCAUUUCAAACGCAGGAGCUGUAUUAAUAUUUAAGCUUCCAUGUGCUUUAUUUUCAGACACAAACUGGUUCCUACAUAUCUUAUAGGCCUACAUCGGUACACAAUGCAAGUAUUUUGACUUGAUAACGUACGUUAGGGUUAAAUUGGCGAAGUUAAUUUAAUAAUCAGGGCAGUGUCUGACCUACAAUAGUAACCAAAAGUGUCCACGGCUGAUGUGUUGAGCACUUCUCAUAGUAGAGAAAUGGCAAAGUGGCUGAAAGAUUAUUUGAGUUUCGGCGGCAAGCGUGUGCCUCCUCAACCGCCGAAACCCGAUUACACGGAGAGCGAGAUACUGAAGGCCUACAGAGUUCAGAAAAACUUGGACUUCGAAGAUCCGUACCAGGACGCGGAGCGGGCUCGAAACGACUCUGGGAUGGAAGACCUGUCCCACCCUGCCUUUGGCUCGCCGUUGAAGUCCACCAGUUUGGACAUGAAGACUGUAUCGCCCAAGCACCGACUCAUCAAGGUGGAAUCGCAAGACCUUGGUCGAAGCAAGAUCCUUCUGAGUGCUGUAUCUAUCGAGGAGCCAUCAGAACCCGUGGUCCCGUCAGCCCCAGCUGUAGGAGACACAGAUUACUCUGACCCGUUUGACGCCCGCCUCGAGUCACGGCCAGAGCCUGAGCUGGAACCAGUACCAUCUGAAAAUAAUAGCUACAUGGAGCCUUAUGAGGCGCAAAGGGUCAUUACAGAGCUGCAGCGGGGCCCGGGCGGUGGCCGGUCGAGGGGUGGCGUCCAGCUCUAUGAUACCCCUUACGAGGAGCGAGGACGGGGGCACGUGGGGCUGACGGACGACGGGAGGGAGAGCCGCCUGCCCCAGGACGACGAGCGGCCCGCCGACGAGUACGACCAGCCCUGGGAGUGGAAAAAGGACCAUAUCUCCAAGGCCUUCGCAGACAUUAAAGAGUUUGCUGACCUGCCCUGGCCCCCACCAGUGGGGCAGCUGGAGGAGGAGCCCCCCCUCAGAGAGCAAGUGCAGUUUGAUGGUGCAGAGUGGGAGCACUCCUCGUCGCCCACAGAGCGCCUGCGGCCACCACGCUCCAGCCCCCUGGCUGGAGCCACCAAGUUACGCAAGCCCGCAGACCCUCACACUAUGCUGGGGGAGAGAGUGGACCCCACCUUGCCCCUGGAGAAACAGGUGUGGUACCAUGGAGCUCUGUCUCGGUCUGAGGCCGAGUCUCUGCUUACUCUGUGUAAGGAGUGCAGCUAUCUGGUGAGGAACAGCCAGACCAGCCGCACAGACUUCUCUCUCUCUCUCAGGAGCUGCCAAGGCUUCAUGCACAUGAAGUUCACAGUGAAUAAGGAGGGGAAGUACAUCCUGGGCCAGAACAGCCCUCCCUUUGACAACAUCCCGGAGGUCAUCCAUUACUACACCACCCACAAGCUGCCAAUCAGAGGAGCUGAACACCUAUCUCUGCUCUUCCCUGUGCUUGUCCAGACUCUCUGA